AGCGCGCGCGGGGCCGCGACGGGGCCGGGGCCGGGGCCGGGGCCGGGGCGGGCGGCGGGGCCCGCCGGGCGGCCGGCGCCAUGGGCACGGUGCUAUCGCUGUCGCCGAGCUACCGGAAGGCCCCGCUGUUCGAGGAGGGGGCGGCCACGGUGGGGCACUACACGGCGGUGCAGAACAGCAAGAACGCGAAGGAGAAGGGCCUGAAGCGGCAUUCCCUGAUCUCCGUGCUGCCGUGGAAGCGCAUCGCCGCCGUCUCCGCCAAGAAGAAGAGCUCCAAGAAGGUGCAGCCCAACGGCGGCUACCAGAGCAACGUGACCCACCUCAACAACGAGAACCUGAAGAAGUCGCUCUCCUGCGCCAACCUCGCCACCUUCGCCCCCCCGCCGCCCCCCGCCGCCGCCGCCGCCGCCCUCGCCUCGGCGCAAAAGGCUCCGCCAACCGCGCCCGCCGCCGCCGCCGCCACCCCGCGCCGGGUCGUGGUGCAGGCGUCCACCAGCGAGCUGCUGCGCUGCCUCGGCGAGUUCCUCUGCCGCCGCUGCUACCGGCUGAAGCACCUCUCUCCCACUGACCCCGUGCUGUGGCUGCGCUCCGUGGACCGCUCGCUGCUGCUGCAGGGAUGGCAGGACCAGGGCUUCAUCACGCCGGCCAACGUGGUCUUCCUCUACAUGCUCUGCCGGGAUGUCAUCUCUGCCGAGGUGGGCAGCGACCACGAACUGCAGGCGGUGCUGCUCACCUGCCUGUACCUGUCCUACUCCUACAUGGGCAACGAGAUCUCCUACCCGCUGAAGCCCUUCCUGGUGGAGAGCUGUAAGGAGGCCUUCUGGGACCGCUGCCUCUCCAUCAUCGACCUCAUGAGCCCCAAGAUGCUGCAGGUCAACGCCGACCCGCACUUCUUCACCCAGGUCUUCGCCGACCUCAAGAAGGAGAGCGGCUCCGAGGAGAAGGGCCGGCUCCUCAUCGGCCUCGACCGAGACUCGAAAUUCCCGAGCAGGGCCGGGGGGAAUCACCGCAACUGUUCCGUGAGCUCAAUGUGAACCGUCUCGUCCCCAUCGUGCACUGAUCAUGAGUAUUGUGCUAAGGAUCUACUUGAGUGUGCAAGGAGAGAGCCACAUGCUGCUACCCGAGGUACUUUCACAACAAAAAACCCAACAAACUACUAACCUGCGGGGAGGGGACACAUGAAAAAACACCCCCCUUCUUUAUUCUUUCAUUGUUGCUUUGCCAGUGGUAUUGCGCAUGCGAACAGGAGCAUUUUGUGUCUUAAAAAAAAAAAAAAAAGAAAAAAAACACAAAAAGGAAAAAAAAACACAUUAAAAAUAAUAAUAAUCAGAAGAAAAGCCCUUCCUGAGCGAUGGCUGUAACCAACCCCAGGCACAAAGCACAGCCCCGUGCUGCUGCUCCCCGAUGGGGACUGACAACUCCUUUUGGGUUUGAUUUUCCUUUUCUUCUCCAUCUGCACCCGUCUUGUUCUGUUCUGCUCCAUGGGGCGCUGCAGUGGCAAGCGAGCAGGAGCAGCACCGUGCCAUCUCUUUGACUCCUCACUCAAAGCUCUCCAUCGCUGUACAGUGGGACCCCGCUAAUGAUACAUGUGUACGUCCAGGUUGUUUUAUUUUAGUGCAAUCUCUUCUGUAGCUCUUUGUUGACCAAAUUGGUGGGUUCUUGUUACUUCUUAAUUUAUAUUUGUCUCAUUUCGUAUGUGUGUGUAUAGUGCGUUUGUACGUAUGUGUGGUUUAUAACCUGACCGCCUGUGUCAUGGGGCUCAGUGUGCCUGUAAUUUAAUCCCCUCCCCUUAUUUUUAUUUAUUUUUGUACUGUGCUGAUUAAAUAAAAAUGCACUGACCAUCCAUUACACGACA